UUUAUAUGGUGAUCGAUAGAAAAAAGUAACAAAAUAAAUAAAAUUAAUUACCUAACAAUUAUAAAGCUCUCCAAAAACCAUGACAUGUUUACGUCAUAGAACUGGUUUUAUUGGCGUGUUAAUGCUUGGCCUGCUGAGCUGUGCAACAGCCUACAAUUAUUUAGUCAUUCUACCUACAGCUGCCCGUUCGCAUUACAAUGUGGGCUCUGCCCUGGCCAAAGGCCUGGCCAAUGCGGGUCAUCAGGUGACAUUAGUAUCGCCGUUUCCCCUAAAGAAGCCAAUUCAAAAUAUACACGAUGUACCCGUGCCGGCCAUACUGAAUGGCAUGAAAAAAAAUAUGGAUAGCCUGCUUGAUUUAGUUAAGACGCCGAUUGUGGAACAAAUAUUGAAUUUCUAUAGAAUGGGUAUGAUGCUGACGGAGACCUUAUUAGAAGACCCAAUAAUACAGAACUUAAGGCAGUCCAAUCAAACUUAUGAUGCAGUAAUAUCAGAGAUCUUUCUCAAUGAGGCCCACUUUGGUUUCGCUGAACAUUUCGGUGCACCGCUCAUAGCUUUCGGCACAUUUGGAGCCACCACUUGGAAUACAGAUUUGGUUGGCUCGCCCUCACCGCCUUCAUAUGUGCCACACGCGCUGUUGAAGUUCUCCGAUCGCAUGUCGCUGGUAGAGCGUGUCGCCAAUUUAGCUUUCCUCACAUACGAACAAAUCUUUAUGAGUCUUUACUACCUGCCUCAGCAGGAGGCACUCUACAAAAAGUACUUCCCAGACAAUAAGCAGGACUUCUAUGACAUGAGGAAGAACACUGCGCUGGUGCUGCUCAAUCAACACGUUUCCCUAAGCUUUCCACGUCCUUAUUCCCCUAACAUGAUUGAAGUGGGAGGAAUGCACAUCAAUCGGAAACGUCAGCCGCUGCCUGCCGACAUUGAGGCGUUCAUCAAUGGAGCUGAGCAUGGCGUCAUCUACUUUUCAAUGGGCUCAAAUUUGAAAAGCAAAACUUUGCCAUUGGAUAAGCGUGCCGAACUAUUAAAUGCGCUGCGGAGUCUGAAACAACGCGUCCUUUGGAAAUUCGAGGAUCCAAAUUUGCCUGACAAGCCGCCAAACGUUUUCAUAUCCGACUGGUUCCCGCAAGACGACAUCCUGGCACAUAAGAAGGUCCUUGCUUUCAUUACACAUGGCGGCCUUCUGAGCACCACCGAAUCCAUAUAUCAUGGCAAGCCGUUCGUAGGUAUUCCGAUUUUCGGCGAUCAAUUCCUCAACAUGGCGCGUGCCGAACAAAAUGGAUAUGGAGUGACCAUCAACUACCAGGAUUUAACAGCCGCUAAAUUAAAAGCGGCUGUGGAACGUAUUGUCAGUGAUCCAGAGGCCACUAAGAAGGUUAGAGCCAUGUCUGCCCGCUUUCGAGAUCAGCAUGAAACGCCACUGGAGCGCGCCGUUUACUGGGUGGAGCACGUGACACGACAUAAGGGUGCACGUUACUUGCGCAGUGCCUCACAGGACCUCAACUUUGUGCAGUAUCACAAUCUCGAUGCCAUAUUCAUACUCUAUGGCGGCCUCUUGUUCGUGUUGUAUGUCAUCUUUCUCCUCAUUCGCCGUGCAUGGUACGCUUUACAGGAAUGCUUUCUGGGUCGUCAGGAGACAUCGAAGCCAAAAGUGAAACGCAAUUAAAGCCGCGUGCACACAAAAAUGUUUCCAUAGCGUUUAAGUACAAAAUACCAGUCUAUACCAGUUUAAUAGCCAGAUAAGAUACACCGCUCAGCAAAAUGCAUUAAAUAUACAAUGCGUUUGUAACACUUCACGCUCUUGCACUCGUAAAA